UCUUCCCUGUCUUGGGGUCUUAUUACUAUCCCUACUCUUAUGUUAGGAAAAAUCUAAUAUAUAUAGGAAUAAGAUAUUUGAUAGAAUUCUUGUAUCUACAAAAAGUUCAGAGCUGACUUUUUAACCGAAAGUGAAAAACGCAUCAUGCCUGAACCCAAUUUUCACUUUUUUAACUAGUGUGGUUUAUUUCAAAUUAUACUUUGGAAGCAAUGAGAUUUAUUUUUAUUUGUGCGUUUUCAACUAACUAUAUAAAUCACGAUUUUUUCGGACCCUUUUUAUUAUAUUCAGAUAUCAGGCAAAAGGGGAUUGGAAUUUCUCCACUCGAUAAAGAAAAGUUUUCACUACAAUUCCGUUGAUUUGUUGUUGUUUUAUUUGUCGUUGUCACUGCAGCUUAUGUUGUUCGCUUUUGUUUUUGUGUUAGGUGUUGGUUUUGCUGCUGGUUUUCCGCUUUCACACCCUGCCGACCAGGUGAAAAGGCAACUGUUAUUGGGGAAUGAUUUUUUACACCUCCACAACUUCUGUUGGUUGUUUGGGGAGCCCCAAAUUGUUUAGAUGUUCCGAAACAGCUAUAUAUUUUCAGCAUGUUUGUCUAUUUUGCACUACCAUUUUCUUUUUUUUUGCGCGCCGAAAACUUUUCACCUUACAAAUGUUUGCGUAUCAUUGCGAAAGUUCCCAUUCCGUGUGAUAUUUUGGAAAAUUGACAAAUUCUGGCACUCGACACAAGUCGCCUUCUCGCUCGUUCAUUGCACACGCAACUGGUUCGGUAUGUUUGAAAAUAUUUUUCAAUUUCAGUCUAGUUUUGGUGGAAAUUUUUGGCUCUCGGCAACGCCUUGUUGCGCUAUUUUCGUGCCGCUUUUGGUUCCCGUUCGUUUCGAAAUCAUUUUUCCCCGAUUUCCGUCGAGUUUUCCGCGGCGCAACAUGAAGUCAAUGUGUUUACCUCGCUAAACUUCUUUGCGUGCUAAUAAUAAACCAGCAAACAACAAGCGGCAACAACCAACAAUCGACAUUCGGACAUCGCAACUGCAACAACGCAGCAUUGGUCCAUUAGCCCCGUUUUCCAAUUUCAAUUUUCCAUUUUCCGAGUGUGGGAGGUGCGUGGGGUAUCUUCCCUGGGCAUUACGUGAGGAGAGGCAUAAAAUAAGAAUUAGGGUAAAAAUUAAGAAGCCAGCUCAUCACUUAGCUGAUUAAAUACCACAUUUUCUCGUUACGAAAGGAUUUUGAAAAACACUAUUCGAAAAGUGUAGGAUUUAACAUAUUUUGCUUUAAACAAGUAUUAAAAGCAGUGUCAAUAAAUGUUUAUUAAUAAUAAUUUAAAACAAUUUUUUUUUGUGUGCACCUAUCAAUUAAAUCUAAUAAAGAUAGAAUCGUUUAAUUAUUAAUCGUUCUGUUUAAUCUUACUCAAAUCACUAUACACAGUGCAUAAUGAAAAGAUAACAUCUUAUGAUGUUUGCACGUGCGAAUAAUCGGUAAUAAAAAGGUAUAAAAACCAAGGCAGCGAAAUAAGUAUCGCUUUUUAAAUUUAUAAAACCAAAAAACUGUGCAACUAUGUCCUUAAAAUUUGUGGAAGUCCUUCUGCUCCUGUCCAUCGCCACUUUGGGACUUGUACGAGCUAAUUUGGAAGUUCGAAUGGAAUCUGUUGAAAAAAUUGUGGGUGACGAGGAAACACUGGUUGAUUUCGACGUUCGUUUGCUUGGACGGGAACGCUUACUAAAUGGGACAGUUAAAGUACUCGUUGAUUUGGAUAACGAAGUCGAAUUUGCCCACGAAAUAUUCGCCCAUCGAAAUGGAGAAUGGGUGCCUUCCAGUAUUGGUGUUCGCUAUAAGACCUGCAUGUACAUGUCUGUUAUUUACGACAAGUAUUUUUUGCCAUUCCUCAAGGACUCGGACCUUCCAAGAGGUAAAGAUGCCUGUCCAUUGAAAAAGGGCAAUUACUACUUAAGAAAUGUAGAGGUAACUGCCGAGAAUUGGGCUCAUUAUGCCAGGAUGGGCUUGGUCAAAUCAGUACUCAUCAUUAGAAAAAAUAACAUAACAUAUGGAGGCGUAAUUUUUAUCUUAGUUUUACAAGAGAAAGUUUUCUAACAAGGCUACCAGCAUAUCAUUCCCCCGAGAUAAAUUUACAUAAAUUUUAAAAAUAAAUUUGAUCGGUUAAAUGCUGAUUAGUGGCUUUAAUGUUACAUCUUUUAAGGUUAUGCUGUCACUGAAUUUUUUGAUCUAUAAAUCUAUAUAUACAAUUUUUGAGUGUUGAUAUUCCAUGUUCAUGAAUGAAACAAUAAAAUUAUGAUUCAUUCUCUCUUGCUUACAUUAAUUCGGGUGUUGAUAAUGAUCAAUAUUAUAUGUACCUUAUAGAACCACAUGAGAAUUCUGCAAAAGUUUA